GGCGCGGAGCCUGGAUCAAAGACAGCGCAGCGCGGGCAGAGGGCGGGCCCGGGAGUUGGGGCGUUACGAAACCUUCAGGAACAGACGGCCCCUCCUCAGAGGGGAGGGACCGAAGCCGCGAGCCUUGUUGUCUAGGACUCCCAGCGCUGGAUUCCAGAACUUCCUCUGCGCUGCUGCUCUGACUGUGUCUGGCUCUGCUGUGCGCGCCCCGGGUGGUCCGAAGCCCGGUCGGUUUUCCACGCAGGUGCCCCGCGCCCCCAACGGGCCAUGUCGUCCUGCAGCCGCGUCGCGCUGGUGACCGGCGCCAACAAGGGCAUCGGUUUUGCCAUCACGCGCGACCUGUGCCGCCAGUUCUCAGGGGACGUGGUGCUCACGGCGCGGGACGCGGCGCGGGGCCAGGCGGCUGUGCAGCAGCUGCAGGCCGAGGGCCUGAGCCCGCGCUUCCACCAGCUGGACAUCGACGACCUGCAGAGCAUCCGCGCCCUGCGCGACUUCCUGCGCAGGGAGUACGGGGGGCUCAACGUGUUGGUCAACAACGCGGGCAUCGCCUUCAAGAUUGAUGAUCCAACGCCCUUUGACAUUCAAGCUGAGAUGACCCUGAAGACAAAUUUUUUUGCCACUAGAAAUGUGUGCACUGAGUUACUGCCGAUAAUGAAACCUCAUGGGAGAGUGGUGAAUAUCAGUAGUUUACAGGGUUUAAAAGCUCUUGAAAAUUGCAGUGAAGAACUGCAAGAAAAGUUCCGAUGUGAGACCCUCACAGAAGGGGACCUGGUGGACCUCAUGAAAAAGUUUGUGGAGGACACAAAAAAUGAGGUGCAUGAGAGGGAAGGUUGGCCCAACUCAGCUUACGGGGUGUCCAAGUUGGGGGUCACGGUUUUAUCAAGAAUCCUGGCCAGGCAUCUGGAUGAGAAGAGAAAAGCUGACAGGAUCCUACUGAAUGCGUGCUGCCCUGGGUGGGUGAACACAGACAUGGCUGGGACUUACGGCUCCAGGACGGUGGAAGAGGGGGCUGAGACCCCUGUCUACCUGGCCCUCCUGCCGCCAGAUGCUACUGAGCCUCAAGGACAGCUGGUCCGUGACAAAGUUGUACAAAACUGGUGAAUGUCUGCUUUGGCGCUUAAUGCAUAAUAAAUAUUGGUGCAAUGAGUGAA